AUGUCUCAGAACAGUGAGUUUAAUAUCAGUGAAGGAGACCUGAUCCCCUCCCCCACUACAUAUUACCUUGCACAGAAGUACCUUGGAAAUGGCUCCUAUGGUAUGGUCAUUCAAUGCAGGAAUGUGACCACCGGUGAAACGGUGGCUUUAAAAAUCAUCCAAAGCCUUGAAAACAUUGACUGUGCACAAGAAGAGGAGGUCAUCCUUCAAAACAUGAAGAAGCUCCAUUCAGACAGGUUCAACAUCGUCAACUUGCACGAGUCAUUCUUCUACAAGGAACAUUACUGUCUUGUGUUUGAGCUCCUGGAUAUGGAUCUGCAGAAAUUCAGACAGAUCAGCCCGGGUCAACACCUUCAGCUGAAGCAGAUCCGCCCCAUUCUGCAGCAGCUAGCUACAGCCUUGGACUUUAUGAACAGCGCAGGGAUCAUUCAUGCAGAUUUGAAGCCAGAUAACAUCAUGCUGGUGGAUCAUGUCAGGCAGCCACUCAAAGUUAAGGUCAUUGACUUUGGCAUAUCCUGCGAUGAUCCUGAGGAAAUGAUCGGUGAAACCCUCCAGACCUUGUGGUACAGGUCUCCUGAGAUUCUGUGUGAAGAUCGUUUCAGCGGGAACAUCGACGUAUGGUCUCUCGGCUGCAUUGCUGCUGAGCUCUCAAUGGGCACACCGCUGUUCCCUGCCAAGGAUGAGAAGGAUUUGGGGAAUCAUCCUGUCUGGACAGAAGACGCCCAAGCUCAAUAUUGUGACCUGCAGGGCUUUAUGGACCUAAUGAAACAGAUGCUGAUGAUGAGUCAGUAUGAUAGAAUUACCCCCAACAGAAUUCUCCAGCAUCCAUUCAUCACGAUGAGCCACCUUCAAGGUUCAUUCAAAAACAGCCUCUAUCUGAAGUCAUGUGAGGAUCUGAUGGACAUCUGCCAGGAUCAGAGCUCUGAGGAUGGAGGACCUGGAGAGCAGGUGAUCCUGCAAAUGUCCCUGAACAGGGAAUCCUCCAGCAGCACUGCCAGCCCAGCCAAGGAGGCCAGCAAAGUGAAUGUGAAGUCUGGCAACAGGUGA